AGACGUGCAGGCCCUCGCGAGGCCAGAGGCUGAGGUGGCAGUGAGUCUGCCGACAUGGAGCUGCUGCAGAUGCCGGAGCUGAUGGGGCUGUCGCUGUUGCUCGGGCUGCUGGCCCUGAUGGCGACGGCGGCGGUAGCGCGGGGGUGGCUGCGCGCGGAGCAGGAGACGUGCGGCCGGUCCGCAGGCCAAAGAGCAAAUGGAUUUCCACCUGACAAGUCCUUGAGAUCCAAGAAGCAGAAACAACAUCAGCGGAUUCACAAGGAAAAGCCUCAGCAACACAACUUCACCCACCGCCUCCUGGCUGCAACACUGAAGAGCCACAGUGGGAACAUAUCUUGCAUGGACUUUAGCAGCAAUGGCAAGUACCUGGCCACCUGUGCAGAUGACCGUACCAUCCGCAUCUGGAGCACCAAGGACUUCCUGCAGCGGGAGCACCGCAGCAUGAGAGCAAAUGUGGAGCUGGACCAUGCCAUCCUGGUGCGCUUCAGCCCUGACUGCAGAGCAUUCAUCGUCUGGCUGGCUAACGGAGAUACCCUCCGUGUCUUCAAGAUGACCAAGCGAGAGGAUGGGGGCUAUACUUUCACGGCCACCCCAGAGGACUUUCCUAAAAAGCACAAGGCAGCCAUCGUCAACAUUGGCAUUGCUGACACAGGGAAGUUCAUCAUGACUGCUUCCAGUGACACAACUAUCCUCAUCUGGAAUCUGAAAGGUCAGGUGCUAUCUACCAUCAACACCAACCAGAUGCACAAUACAUCUGCUGCUAUAUCCCCUUGUAGCAGGUUUGUGGCCUCAUGUGGCUUCACCCCAGAUGUAAAAGUUUGGGAAGUCUGCUUUGGGAAAAAAGGGGACUUCCAGGAGGUUGUGCGAGCCUUUGAACUGAAGGGCCACUCUGCAGCCAUCCACUGCUUCGCUUUCUCCAAUGACUCCCGGAGGAUGGCCUCUGUCUCCAAGGAUGGUACGUGGAAACUGUGGGACACAGAUGUGGAAUACAAGAAGCAGCAGGACCCCUACUUGCUGAGGACGGGCCGUUUUGAAGAAGCGAGCGCCGUGCCGUGCCGCCUGGCACUCUCCCCGGACGCCCAGGUUUUGGCUUUGGCCAGUGGCAGCAGUAUUCAUCUCUAUAAUACCCGGCGGGGUGAGAAGGAGGAGUGCUUCGAGCAGGUCCAUGGGGAGUGUAUCAGUGACUUGUCCUUUGACGUCACUGGCCGGCUUCUGGCCUCCUGUGGGGACCGGGCAGUGCGGCUCUUCCACAACACCCCUGGCUACCGGGCAGUGGUGGAAGAAAUGCAGGGCCUCCUGAAGCGGGCCUCCAAUGAGAGCACCCGCCAGAGGCUACAGCAGCAGCUGACACAGGCCCAGGAGGCCCUGAAGAGCCUGGGUGCCUUGAGGAAAUGACUCUGGGAGGGCACAGCAGGAAGGAUCUGGCCUUCUGCCUUCGCUGCUGCGGCUUUUCCCAGGUACUCCCCAGCUGGAAGCCUUUUGAAAGGGGUGUGCUGAUUUUCUUAAUGGUGACUCUUCUCUCCUCUUUCCCACUGAAACUAUUCUUGCCUACUUAGAUCUCUCUCUCUUCUUGCUGGUGUGACUCCGGCCUUACUUGACCUCCCAGGCCAAUGACCAAGGUGCUUUUCUUUUUCCUGGGCCCAAGGGGUGGAAUCUGUCUUCACCGGGCAUGAGGAGAGUGGUAAUUAGAAGAGAAAGAGAGAACAUGGUCUUUGACCUUGUGGCAACACACCCUGCUAUCCAAAGAAGCGUGUAAUUGUGGGACUUCCCUGACGGUCCAGUGGUUAAGACUCUGCGCUCCCAAUGCAGGGGGCCUGGGUUUGAUCCCUGGUCGGGGAACUAAGAAAAAAAAAAAAAAAAGAGACAAAGAAGCUUGUAUUUGUGGAGGCAAAACCUAGGGAACACCUGAGUACUAACCAGCAGUCUUGAAGGGAUAGGAGAUUGGGAUAUCUUCCAAUUCCAUAACUGUGGUAUGGCUCAGGGAAAGGCUGAUCUUAACCCAGCAAAGCGCCUAACUUCAUCAAAAAGUGAUUAAGGGAUUUCAUUCUGUGCCUCAGUUUUCUUUUUUUUUUUUUAAACAUCUUUAUUGAAGUAUAAUUGCCUUACAAUAGUGUGUUAGCUUCUGCUUUAUAACAAAGUGAAUCAGUUAUACAUAUACAAUAUGUUCCCAUUUCUCUUCCCUCUUGCAUCUCCCUCCCUCCCACCCUCCCCAUGCCUCAGUUUUCUUAUUUGUGAAAUGGAGAAUAAUUAUCUCUUGACCUCGUUACAAAGAUGUUGUGAGAGUAUGAGGGUAUGAAGUCCCUAGAUUUGGAAGAAAAGUAGAAAAGAGUCAUAACAUAUGUUACCUGUUGUCCCAUAUCAGUUAUUAACUACUGGGUUAAAACAGGGCAGUUUGAAACUCAAUUAGAAAGAAACAUAUCCCUUGGGAAGGCCAAGUUUCUGGGACUUGAUCGUACAUUUCAUAUCUGGUUCUGCUUUAAGUUGUUUGGGAGAAUCACAGAAUCCCGAGAUAGGGCUCUUCUCUUCCAGGAGGUUAUAUCCUGUUUGAGGAGAACUUCUUUUCAGUUCACCAUACAUUUGAGUGCCUACUCUGUGCCUAGCGCGCAGUACUGGACCCUGGAGAUAAGUAUGAAUAAGACAUCGUUUCUGCCAUCAAAGAUGGCUGGUGGGAGAGAGGUUCACAUGUCUAUGAAGUGCUUUUGUUAGUUUAUUCAUAGCUGGAGAAGGCUGUUGUAAAAGUUAAAGCGAGAGAGAGGAUUGAAUCAGGACAGAGGCAAUGAAUAUGGAGUUGAAGGGUAGAUUUGAUAGAUUAGGUAUUUAGAAGUUCAAAUUUUGGGACUUUGAGGACUGCUUGGAUGUGAGAUGGAAAUGAGGAAUCUUAGGAAGACUUGAGCCUAGGGGAAAUUUACUCAAUUCUUCCUCCCUCUCCCUAAAACUGGGACCUCCGCUAGUCACCCCCAACUCAGAGAUAGUUGAACAAGUCACAACCUUGGAGUUAUCCUUAGUUACUCCCUUUUCAUACUCUCUCUGCCCUACUGCACUAUUGCCGUCCACUCCACCAGAAAAUUCUUUUGGUUACAUUCCAGUUUAUAUCCUGAAUCUGCUACCUCUCUCCAUCUUUUCUGUUACCAUCCUGGUCCUAGCCACUGUCACCUACUGGACUGCUAUAACAUAGUUUCCUCAUUGGCCUCUGUACUUCUUCUCUUGCCUCGUUAAGUCACUUUUCUACGUAGCAGGGUGAUCUUUUAAAAAUGUAAACCAAAUCACAUUGUUCCCAAGUUAAAACCCUGAAAAGACUCUCCAUCACAGUUGGAAUAAAAUCCAAAAUUCUCACCAUGGCCUACAAGGUCCUAUGUAAUCUGGCUUCUUCCUUCCUCCGUGACCUUGUUUCCACUUUCCCAGCCACCCCAGCCUUGCUGUUCCUCCACCAAGCCAAGUUAUUUCCAGCCUCAAGGGCGACUUGUGCCUGUGCUUUUCCCUCUGCUUAGAAGCAUUUUUUUUUCUUCUGUUGGCAGUCUUGUCAUGCUUGUCAUAAUUCAGUUCUCAGUUUCGAUUAUACUUCAGAGAAACCCUCCCUGACCACCCAAUCUGAAGUAGCCCUUUCUACCAAUCAUAUCACAUCCAUCACAUUAGCUUAUUUUAUUUUAUUUUGCAUUACUUAAUGCUAUCUGAAAUUACCUUGUUUGGAUAUUUGUUGGCUUCAGGGGUUUUCAGUUUAAAUGCUUAUGGAUGUCAAAUGGGUAAUAUAAGUGGGUGAUUUGGGCCACAGUCUUCUGGGUGUAAGACAGUAGGAAAUGGUGGGAACUGAAGUGAUCUCUAGGGGGCAUGUGUCCUGGGUAAGGGGCAGGCGUGGCUGCAACUUAAUAGUCAGGAUUCCAGCAGAAGUUGCCUGUUUCAGAGAAGCUAGAAGUUGGCAAUUUCUUAUAAACAGAAAAACUCAGGCACUGUAGGGACCAAACAGAAUGCUCCUGUGGGCAGGAUGCAGCCCAGCAGUCUCACUGGCAGCUUCUGGAUUGUUCAGUAACCCACUGGAAUGUGACAAGAAUCCUUGUCUGUCCAAUUUGCUCUGUAUCCCACACACAGUACCUGGGAUAGAGUAAGCACUCAAUAAAUGUUGAACUCAAACCAGGGCAGUUGACAGAAAUUUCAGUACCCUCUGUGUAUUGUGGUUUUAUGUUCCUAAGAAUAGACUUCUGACUGAUAAUACUAUGCACCUGGGUCCUGGUGAAUACUUGCUUUCUGACUGUCUGAAGAAUGAGACUAAAACACUUUGCACAUCUGCUUGGCUCUGGCUUUACUCUCGUAUAUCCAGGAGAGGAAGUGACCACAGAAUGUUGAGUUACGGAAGUCAGAAGUCUUCAGUUCCAAUUUCAGCUGGGGCACUUACUGACUUGAGACCUUGAACAGACAGAUCACUUGACCUCUCUGAGUUUGUUUCCUCAUCUGUAAAAUGGGAAUAAAUCCUGUCCUUCGUGCUUUGCAGGGCUAUGAAUUUCUAAUAAGAUGAAUGAAAGCACUACAAAAAAGUCAUUACAGAGACUUCCUGAGGACAGAAAGCUCCUCUCACUAAAGAUGAGGCUGCUUGUCUUGUAAGCGUGGAGAAGCUACCUGGAUAUUCAUGUAGCCUAGAGGCCACUGUGGUUUUUUGGUAAAAAAUCCUUGUGUGUGAAGGCAGUGUUAAUACUUUAAUAUUACUAUUUCAAUGUCUGUGGGUUUGAAAUUUUUCAAAAUAAAAAUUUGGGGAAAUACUUUUAAA